GGUAACUCCAACAUUAGUAACAGUAACCUAACCUAGCACUCAGUUGAAGCAGAGAGGGAGAGACUUCUAUUUUUAUAACCUAACAUUACUGAUAGUGAUGGUGAGUUAGAUAAGUGUAUGAUAGGAAUUCAAUGUGAAUUUAUAAACGGUGUGAUUAUAAUUUCAAAAUCUACAGUUUUCCUUAAAAUAUUUUACGGUACCUUUAGCUUUAGAACAAUUUAGUCAUGUGGAUGUAUUAAUUAUAAAAUUAAUACAGGGUAGGGCCUAACUUUGAUAUCUUCUUGAAGUGUUGUAAAAUGGAUACAACAGAUGCUGACAACUCUGAUGUCAAUGAAAUAUACAGUGUUGACGAGAAGGAUUAUUUGUUGUUUGUUAAUCAACAUGAACCUCAACUAAAGUUUAACAAUAUACCAGAACUGUUUUGGAAGUGUCUAUGUCUCAAAUUAAAAAAUCAAAUCUUUGAUGCAGGAAACACCUUUUCUAUGUUCUAUGUAGAAAAUGAUGAAUCAGAGGAUGAUAAUGGUACACUCCAAACAAAAGUAAUAGUGUCAACAGACUUUAUUGAUAUAACAGAUGGAAACCAUAUUUAUUUGAUCGACCAUGCUUGGACUUUUAAAGCAAAUGAAGCAAAGCAUCAUCUUAGGGAAGUUUCUGGAUUAUUAGAAAGAAUGUCGAAGCUUGUCAAUGUACCUCUCGAGUCCGAGAAUGCAAUUGAGGAAGUAUACAACAGAAUAUGGAAAUUUAAUCAAACAUACUCUUGUUCUGCUUUAUCUAAUAUCGAGGAUCAACUGCCUGUGUGGUACGUUAUGGAUGAGUUUGGUUCAGCAAUCCAGCAUUCAGAUUGCCCAAACUUUAGAGUUGUUCCAUUUCUCCAUAUUCCUGAAGGUAUAGCAUAUUCAGUUCUGUUUCCUAUAAAAACUGUUAAAAGAAAUGACGAUGUCACCCGAGAUUAUGUGGAAAGUAUUACAGAUGACUUGGAAAGAAAAGCUAGACUUAUACCAUGGAAAGAAAUUUCAUUGCGAAACAUUCCAUUUACACAAACGGAGCCGGCUGAAGAAUACUUUUCAUCUGGACGUAGGAACGAGUCAUUACCUAAUUUGAGUGCUUUGAUACCGAAGGAUACAAAUGGAACUGUUCCUGACACAAAACCCUUGAAAGUCUUUUCACAGUACUCAUUCAUCAAUGAAAAUUUAACUAGUUCAAAAUUUUCCGUAGUUACAGAUGAAAAGGAUGCUGAUAUUUUAUGGUUAACAUCUCAUUUCAAACAGUACAAGGAGUUCAGUGAAGAGUUUCCUGCCAAAUUUAUCAACCAAUUUCCGUUUGAGUCUGUUAUAACAAUUAAAGAUCUAUUAGCUAUUAUAUGCAGGCGUAAAACUGACAACUUUUCUGGUUUUAAUUCCAGGUUUGAGUCUCAACCAAAUUGGUUACCAACAACAUUUAAUUUGACUACAGAGUUAACUAAAUUUGUGAGUUAUUUUCAGCAUAGACAAGAUGAAAAUUUAAAUAAUCAUUGGAUUUGUAAGCCAUGGAAUCUUGCAAGAGGUAUGGAUACUUUCAUAACGGACAACCUCGAUUGUAUCAUUCGCCUAUCCUCCAGUGGCCCUAAAAUUGCCCAAAAGUAUAUUGAAAAUCCAGUUUUGUUUCACCGUGAUGGGAUCGGAAGUGUUAAAUUUGAUGUGCGAUAUGUUAUUUUGUUAAAAUCGGUAGACCCAUUGGAAGUAUAUGUUUAUAAGAACUUUUUCUUACGCUUUGCAAAUAAACCAUUCGCACUCAGUGAUUUUGAUGACUACGAAAAACAUUUUACAGUUAUGAACUAUACUGAAACUGCAACUCUUCAUAGACUUCUCUGUUCUGAUUUCAUUAGAGAGUACAACAUUCAAUAUCCUGAGAAGAAAUGGCAUGAAGUUGAACCAAAAAUCUUGACCAUGUUCGGUGAGGUGUUUGAAUCAGCUACUUCUAAAAAUCCACCUUGUGGAAUAGGGAAGAACCCUCAGUCUCGAGCACUGUAUGCUGCUGAUUUGAUGCUCUCCAAGAAGGAAAAUGGAGAAGUUGAGCCCAAACUGUUGGAAAUCAAUUGGAUGCCAGAUUGCCAAAGAGCCUGUGAAUACUAUCCAGACUUUUACAAUGACAUUUUUGAAUUAUUAUUUUUGGACGAAGAAAAGGAUGUAUUUCAUAAAGUUGCAUGAAUUAAUCAUUUUAUUCACAUUGAGGGUGAGUUUAAAUCUUUUACUAAAUGGACAGUAUCAUACAUAGGGUAUGUAAUGAGACAGUUCUGAAAAAGUGAAAUAAUUUGAUACUAACCUUUUUGGGAGUUUUUCUGAGUAGUAUACUUUGUUUUACAAUGCUUUGUAGUCUAUAUAUAUUUUAUUUGUAAUAUAAUCUUGAAACAUGACCAAUUUACAAUUGAGUUGAAAACAAAACCAGUAAAAUAUGUUACUCAGUUUAUUGUAAAGUUGGACUAUCUUCAUAAGUAACAAGAAUAUUAAAAGUUAUUGUUAAAGAUAA